AUGCUAUGGCGCAUGCGGCCAUCGCCAUGGCGUCCCGGGUCUUCUGUUCUGUCACGAUUCCGUGAGACAGACCAAUGUCUUGCUCGACCUCCAUAUGUACUUAAUCCCUGUCGCACUCGAGGGUUGCAUGAUGUCCGAUCCAAUCCAAACUUCGUUCUCUCACCAAUACCCCUUGUCCGAUAUGCGAAGCUCUUAGAGGAUCCCAAGCAAUAUGAGGCACAACAGAUCAAGAUCACCGGGCUGGUGCGCAGCGUGCGGAAGCAGAAAAAGGUGGCUUUUGCUCGCAUUGCAGACGGAUCUACACUGGCCAGCGUCCAAGCUGUGUUCCCCGAGCCAGCCGUUGCGAAGGACAUAACCAACGGUUCCUAUGUCGCAUUGGUCGGCAAAUGGAUUCCAUCGGCCGGCGCUGGGCAGACCCAUGAGUUACAGGUGGAAAGGAUCGAGGAUCUGGGGGAGAGCAACCCUCUUGAGAAUCCCAUACAGAAGCAGUCCAUGUCGGUGGAUUUUCUGCGAACCAUCCCCCACCUACGAAUGCGGACAUCCUUUCAGUCCCUCGUCGCACGUACUCGAAGUCAUUUGACCUCUGCGGUGGCCUCGCAUUUCCAUAAUUCCUCAGAUCUUGUGUAUCAGGUCCAUCCGCCGCUCAUCACCUCCUCGGACUGUGAAGGCGCGGGGGAAGUAUUUACCAUAGCGCCGCGGAGUAGCGAACGAGCUCCCGGAACUGCUCCAAAUGCGUCCAAAGAGGAGGAGAAACUAUAUUUUCGAGAUCCAAAGUAUCUGACAGUAUCGUCGCAACUACAUCUGGAAGCGUACGCUGCUCAACUAGGGGAUGUCUUUGCAUUUUCGUCCACUUUCCGUGCCGAGGAAAGCGACACCCCCCGCCACUUGGCCGAAUUCUACAUGCUGGAAGCUGAGCACCGCGACAUUGACUUGGUGCAGCUGUUAGCACGAGUCCGGGCUCUUGUUGUGCAUCUGGCCCAAUCUUUGCAGGAACACCGAACGGGCAAGGAGCUCGUAGAGUAUUAUACAGACCAGAAGCACCGGGCUCAAGACGCCGAGUCAAUCGACCUAGAAGACCGUUGGAAUCGACUCGCAGGGCCAUGGUCUACCGUGGACUAUUCGUCUGCAAUCAAGGCUCUCGAAGAGGCGCAUGACGCGAGCGGCGGGAAACUUUUCGCAACUCCGCCUCAGUGGGAACAUGGUCUUCAACUGGAACAUGAGCGCUGGAUUGUCGAGAACAUGGCGAACGGCAAACCAGUGUUUGUCACUCACUAUCCGCGGACCAUCAAGCCGUUUUACAUGCUACCUUCGUCCUUUGGGGCGUCAAUCCAGCAACCAGACCAUGUCGAAUCUACCUCAUUAGCGAGCGACAGGGAUACGGUCGCCUGUUUCGACCUCCUUUUGCCCUUCGGAUAUUGUGAGGUCGUCGGCGGAAGUCUCAGAGAGCACCGUCUUGAGAACUUAAUCACGAACAUGCGUGAGAAAGGACUGCUCAAGAAGACGGAGACGCCCAAUGGCGAUGCGUACCCGUUCUUGCAACCGGAUGAAAGCCUCGGGAGUUUGAAAUGGUACGCUGACCUCAGACGGUUUGGAAGCAGUCCCCAUGGUGGAUAUGGCUUGGGGUUCGACCGACUGCUGGCCUAUCUCACAGGGGUGAGCAAUGUCAGAGAAGUGGUCGGGUUUCCCAGGACAUGGGGACGGGCUGACUGCUAG